AUGAAUGCACAUGGGUGGAAUUGGGCCAAAUGUUUAGAUGAGACAGCCUCUACCACCACACCAGAAAAUUUAGACCACGAUGACAAACUUGCAUUUGGGAUCAAGGUGGACAAGGAUAGUGUUGGGACCAACUCCUUUGCCUUAGGAAACCACUUAAAGGGGAGCUAUGGGAGACUGCAGUUCUUUCUCUUCGAGUCUGUCUCUUUUUACUGUGAGGGUCUUGAAGACCCCACUCAGUUGAGAGGGAUCAGGAAUACUGAGGAGUUCAUUUCAUCAUGUGUUAGGAAGAGCCCAGUGCUAUCGUGCUCUAUUAGAGCCUAUCUAGAAGACAGUGGAGAAUACUGGUGUGAGACUCAAGGAGGGGAGAGAAGCAACAGUGUCAACAUCUCUGUCACUGCUGGUUCAGUGAUCCUGGAGAGCCCAGUCCUCCCUGUGAUGGAGGGAGCCGCUGUGACCCUGCGCUGCAGAGACAGGAUGAAUUCCUCCGACCUGACAGCUGAUUUCUAUAAAGAUAGCCACCUUAUGGGGAGCAGCUCUACAGGAGAGAUGACCAUCCACAGUGUGUCCAAGUCUGAUGAAGGACUCUACAAGUGUCACAUCUCUGGAGCUGGAGGAUCACCAGAGAGCUGGAUGGCUGUCGGAGCUCAUCACAGAGAUACUUGUCCUUCUUCGGAUCAUUCCUUGUAUGUUCUCCUCCUCUUAAGGACGGUGUUCACCAUAGUGAUGGUGGCUCUGCUGCUGCUGCUGGUGGGACUGCUGCACAGAGUUACACAAAAAUAA